AUGGCGGACGUCGAGAUCCCAGUCAUUCCUCAAGAGAGUCAUAAACCAGAAGAAACAUCUGCAGAGUUUCUAGACGAUACUCCUAUUACCCCUGUUGAAGCUUCCGCUGAAGGCACGGCAGAUGCUGUACCAGAGGACAAUGCCGGAGCAGCAUCGGAAGUAGAUACCGAGACGGAGAGGGAAUCUGUCAAGAGCGCAGAUACAGAAAAGACCACAUCAGAAUCUCCAAAUGGUGUUAAAAAGGAAAAUGCAGUUCCUAGAAGAGCUGGCUCAUCAGCAGCACCAAGACGUCCAAUUUCAGGGAGUGCAACCAGGCCCACCGCUUCUUCUGCGAUCAAGCCAGCUUCUUCAUCCACAACAAAAACUACUGGAGGCUUAAGCAAACCUCCAACGCGCCCAGGAAGUGCAGCUGUUGUGCGAAAACCUACAAGCAGUGCUACACCUUCCAGCACCAGUCAUAGAGCUCCCUCCGCCGCUGGAACUCAUGCAGAUGAGAAGAAAUCUACCACUGCCCCUGCACGACGGGUCUCUCUUGCACCAAGCCACACAAAUGCUUCAAAGACUCCUGGAACAGCUGCAGAAGCUCGGGCCAGACCUUCCUCGAUGCAUAAUACUGCCACCACAACAACCGCGAGAAAGCCUGUUGCAUCAACGCCAGCCGCUGGCCAGACUAGUCCAAAGGCUGCAAAGCCUGCUAGCACAACUGCCCCAAAGCCAGCACCUGCUUCGAGCACUUCUACUACAGCUCGUCCAGUACAUUCUUCCAAGCCUUCAAUUAGCGCUCUUAGCAGUGGCGGUGCAGUUUCGGAAGCUAGAAAACGUCUUAAUGCUCUUCAAGGAGGCGGACCGGUCCAUCCACCACCAAAGCCAUCCGCAUUGUCGUCCGCUCGUUCAGUCAGUGGGGCAUCGCCUUCGACUGCAGCUGCAUCCACGAAGGAGGUCGAUGAGUUGAAAAAGCAAUUAGUGGAGAGCGAAUCCAAGGUUGAAGAAUUAAAGAAAGAAAUUAGUUCGUCACAAGAGAAACUUCUUGAACUUGGUAAGGCAGCCGAAGAAGAAGCGAAGCGUAUUUCAGAUGCCGAGGAAGUUAUUCGCGCAACGCACAGCGAACUUGUCGAGAAACUUAAUGCCGACCACAAAGCUAUCUUGGAGAGUUUACAGGCCCAAUUGGUAGAAGCCGAGAAUGCUAAAGCAGCAGCUCAGGAAGCUUCUUUGGCGGCUCUCGAAGAGGCAAAAGAAGCUGCAUCUUCGAAGGGAGCCACCGAACAUGCUGAAGCUUUGGAAAAGUUAAAGGUUGAACAUGGUGCUGCUUUGGAUGCACUAAAUGCAGAGUUGGCAGCUGCUAAGGAAACUAAUACUGCCGAGCAAGCUAAAGCUUUAGAGGCCGUCAAUGCCGAAUUAGCUGCGGCUAAGGAGGCAAAUGCCGGCGCUAUCGCUGCCGCUGCCGAGAAGGAGGCCGAGAUUAUGGAUUUGAAAGUUCAACUUGAGAAAGCCAUCGCAGAGUGUGCAGCCGCAACUGAGUCACUAAAAGCUUUGCAAGCCGAGCAUGAUGAAAGAGUUAAGGCCUUAGAGUCGGAUUUCGAAUCCAAAGUUAGUGCUCAUGCAGACUCUCUGGAAGAGUUGAAGAAGACUUUGGCUGAGGAGCACAAUGCUGCUGUGGAGGCAUUGAAGAUUGCCCAUUCCGAGGAAAUUGCAAAGGGAAACACCGACGCUUCAUCCACCUACGAAACUCAAAUCGCUGAGUUGACCACCAAGCAUGAAGAAAACCUGGCAACCAUUCAAAAGCAGCUCAACACCCAAGCUGACGAGCAUGCAAGCGCCUUGGAGGAGUUGAAGAAAACUUUGACGGAAGAGCACAACAUCGCUCUUGAUGCAUUGAAGUCCGCUCACUCGGAGGAGCUUGCGAAGGGUAAUACCGAUGCCUCUUCGACCUAUGAAACCCAGAUUGCUGAAUUGACUGCAAAACAUGAGGAGAGCUUGGCUAUCGUUCAAAAACAACUUGAUGAUGUUCUCGAGGCUCAGAAGGCUUUGGAAUCUGCUCAUGCUGAGAAGGUAUCAAGCUUAGAAGGCGAGGUUUCGAGUCUCAAAGAGAGCUUUGAAAAGACGUCCAUAGCACUGGCAGCAUCAGAGAAGGAAAUUUCAGAAGCUAAGGCUGAGGCUGAGUCGGCCAAGAAAGAACUUGCUUUUGCUCAAGAGCAAGUUGCUCAAUUGACUGAAAAAUUGGAUGGCUUGCAAUCUACUGGUACUGAGUCGGAAUCCGCUUUAACGGCUGCCAAGGAGGAAUUGGAAAAAUCCAAGGAGGAAGUUAUUGCACUUCAAAAGGCUUUGGAGCAACUUGGUUCUGAUGGAAAAGACAAGGAUGAGUUACAUAGUAAGAUCCAGGCGGAGCUUGCAACAACUGUCCAGUCAUUGGAUGAGAAGACCAAGGAAAUUUCCGAACUUUUGGAGAAACACGCACUGGAAACUUCGACACUUAAUGAGAAGCACUUGAAAGAAUUGGAAACUAUUUCAAACGACUAUCAAAAAGAAAUUGAUGCAUUAUCGGGAGACUCUGGUAUCAGAGAUGAAUUUAAUGCAUUAAAGAGCAAGCAUGAAGAACUUACCAAGACCCAUACCGAGAUCUUGGAAGCUCAUCAGCAGGAACUCGAAAAGGCAAAGCAAUGCCACGCUGCAGCAAUUGUUGAACUCGAUAACAAUGAUAAAGCUCAUCAGCGUGCAUUGGAAGAUUUGAAGACAAAUCAUGCCAAGGCAUUGGAUGAAGCACAUGAUAGAGCUAUAUCCGCUAGUCAUUCUUCCCAUUCUUCGGAACUACAACAGCUCGAACAUAGUCAUGCUGCUGCCAUUGCUGAGUUGAAAUCCGAGUACGAGAAAACUCAUGCAAAGGCAUUGGAUGAUGUACAUGGCCAAGCAAUUUCCGCCGCUCAAAAAGCACACGAGCAGGAAUUGGAGAAAUUGAUUCUUAGCCACGCUGAAGAUGUCGCUACAUUAAAGGCACAGCAUGCUACAGCUCAAUUAACCCACGACGAAGCUAUUGCCGCAUUGAAGGCAGAGCAUGAAGCCAGUCUUGCUACUGCUUCGUCAGAUUCCGAGAGCCAAAAGGCCGCUCAAAAGGUUCACGAGGAAGAAAUCGAGAGAUUAAUUCAAAGCCAUGCUGAGGACAUCGCCGCAUUAAAGGCUCAACAUGCAACUGCUCAAUCGAAUCAUGAUGAAGCAAUCGCCGCUUUGAGGGCAGAGCAUGAAGCCAAUCUUGCUACUGCUUCAACAAGUCUUGAAAGUCAAAAGAGUGCUCAACAAGCUCAUGAACAAGAAUUAGAGAGAUUGAUUCAAAGUCAUGCCGAAGAUAUUGCAACCUUGAGGGCAGAGCAUGAAGCCAAUCUUGCUACUGCUUCAACAAAUCUUGAAAGUCAAAAGAGUGCUCAACAAGCUCAUGAACAGGAAUUAGAAAGAUUGAUGCAAAGUCAUGCCGAAGAUAUUACCGCCUUGAAAGCACAACAUGCGACUGCUCAAUCAUCGCACGAUGAAAUAAUCGCCGCUUUAAAAGCUCAACAUGCAACUGCUCUAUCAACUCAAGAUGAAGUAAUUGCCGCUUUGAAAGCAGAUUUUGAAGCUAGUCAUGCCACCGCUUCAUCGGAUCUCGAGAAACAAAAGGCCCUAGAGGCUGAGUUGCAAGCUGAGAUUACCAGAUCCAAACAAUCUUUACAUUCAGCGCAAGAUGAGUUGGAAGCUCUUAAGCAAGAUUUGGCUGUGGAGAAGAUUGCCAAGGCUAACGCUGAGGCUGAUUUGGAUGCUGCAAGAAACGUAAAGUUGGAUACUUCUGAAGUCGAUGCCUUACGUCAAGAAUUACAAGCUCUCAAGUCUCAACAUGAGGCUGCUCUUACAUCAGCCAAACAGGAAUCGGCAAUGGCCACCCAAGAGCUUGCAGCUAGUAAAUCACAACUAGAAACAGAAAAAGCUGAACUUGAGAAGGAGAAAGCUGCUCUUGAACAAAAAGUCAAGACCAGCAAGGAUGAUUACAAAACCAUGCACGAGUCUAUGACAGAAUUGCUUGAAGAGACUAGCAAAGAUUGUGAAACACUCGAUGCUCGUCUAAAGGAAGCCGAAGCUCAACUUAAGGUCAAGGAUGCUGAACUUGCUGAGGCAAAGACCAAGCUCCCAACUACAUCCCCACCAAAGACACCAACAUUUGGAGGAAUUUUUUCUAGAGGAUUCGCCGAUACUGAUGGUAAGGACUUCAAUGGAACGGGUGAAAGCACAGAUGCAGUAGCUACACCUGAAACAAAAGCUAGAGUUACGGUUGAACAAUUAGAGAAGAUGAAUGAAGAUUUGAAGAAAGAUAAUAUGAGGUAG